AACAAGGACGGCUCCUACCGAAUCCGGGACCAACUCACUUCCAAAUGGAGCCACAUCAACCGUAAAGUCUGAAAGUUUAUCUGAGUUUACGAAUAAUGCUCCCGGUCCCGGAGAAACGGACGAACGACGCCGAUGUUCUCCGGCUUGCCACGACUCGGUAUCAAGACGACGGGCACCAAGGCAAGGUGCCCAUCAAUCUUUGGAGGAUUUUGAGCUGUUCCCCGAAGUGGCAACAACUCAACAAUCCCGACGGCGGAUCGUUCCGGAAAAGAUCCACCGUCGACGCCAAGAUUGAGGUUGACGAGACUCUCGGUUCAACCGAUCAAAUCCCCCCCUUCAACAUUGAGGAUUCCGAUGACGAGGACCCCAUUCCACGGUCGAUCGGAAGAAAGAAGAAAAAAUCCAUUGCGUCUGGUUCGGGAGGGUCCGCCUCUGUAUCUGCUUCUUCCCGCAACGAAAUCGGCCGGGAAAUGGUUGAACAACUUCGGACGUUCAAUCUCCGAGAAUUAGAGAGGUUGAAGCUAAUGGAAAAGGAGUUGAAGCUAAAGGAGCAGGAGGCCGAGAUGAAAGUCAUGUAAACCGACCCCAGGACGUUGUCAGAGAUUAGAUGAAUGAUAUACGAGCAAAGAAUAAGAGAGAUCAAGGAGAAAUAUAAUUUACCUUAGUUU